AGUGUUUUUUUCAGUAUUUCAUGUUGGUACCACUGUUGGCACACCACAGCCUUUUGUUUGUUGUGACGCCGCUGCCGGUGAAGGAAAGAACGCACCGAUGUUCAAACGUCAAGUCUAAUUUGUUGUUUUCUAUCGGAAUUCUUCUAUUAAAAUGAUGGAGGACGUCCAGAGGCAUUCCGUUCACACAUUAGUUUUCCGCUCGUUAAAAAGAACACACGAUGUAUUCAUCAGCAACCAAGGCAUGUUGCCACCAGUUGAUGAGAAAGCAGAAACUUUACGGAAGGCUGUUAAAGCCAGAGAUACCUAUGGCCUAGUGAUGGACCGAGUAAAACAAAAUGCCCUUAAACCUCAGCCGCCAAUGAUAACAAAUGGCACCACAGAGAAACAACCUUUAGCUAUCACAGAUGGAAGUAUUCCUGGUGACAUUGUCAAUAUGCCAGUCUCUGGAGCUAUGCCUGGGACAUUGGCAGUAUCCUCAACACCAUCAGGAGGCCCAGGUACACAAGCUCUCGCUCCCCGUAAGGCCCCUACUAUGCCAAAGCCCAAAUGGCACCCUCCAUGGAAGCUGUAUCGUGUCAUUUCUGGGCACUUGGGUUGGGUUCGUUGUGUUGCUGUUGAACCAGGUAAUGAGUGGUUUGCAACAGGAUCCAAUGACAGAGUAAUCAAGAUUUGGGACUUGGCAAGUGGACGCUUGAAAGUGUCUUUGACUGGUCACAUCAGCAAUGUCCGUGGCUUGGCAGUCAGCUCACGACAUCCAUAUUUGUUCAGUUGUGGAGAAGAUAAAAUGGUGAAAUGUUGGGACUUAGAGUACAACAAGGUCAUCCGUCAAUACCAUGGCCACUUAAGUGCAGUCUAUUCACUUGCACUCCAUCCAACAAUUGAUGUUUUGAUAACUGCAGGACGUGAUACCACAGCAAGAGUGUGGGAUAUGAGGACUAAAGCUAAUGUCCACACUUUAGUAGGCCAUACAAACACUAUAGCCAGUGUUGUCAGCCAAGUAGCUGAGCCUCAGGUUGUGACAGGUAGUCAUGACUGUACUAUUCGGUUGUGGGACUUAGCAGCAGGAAAGUCAAGAUGUACUUUAACAAACCACAAGAAAAGUGUACGCUCUGUUGUAUUCCAUCCUACAUUGUAUAUGUUUGCAUCUGCGUCUCCAGACAACAUUAAGCAAUGGAUGUGUCCUGAAGGAAAGUUCAUCCAGAACUUAUCUGGACAUAACGCAAUUGUAAAUUGCUUGGCCGUGAAUCCUGAGGGAGUUCUAGUCUCUGGCGGUGAUAACGGAACUCUUCACUGUUGGGAUUGGCGAACAGGAUAUAACUUCCAGAGACUACAGGCACCUGUUCAACCUGGAUCAAUGGACAAUGAGUCUGGAAUAUUUGCCAUGAGCUAUGACCAAUCAGGCAGCAGACUUAUUACCUGCGAAGCUGAUAAAACUAUCAAAAUUUACAAAGAAGAUGACACAGCUACUGAGGAAACUCACCCUAUCAACUGGCGCCCUGAAAUUUUGAAGCGAAGAAAAUACUAAAGGAUUUGACUUUGACCUCCUGUUAAUUUUUAUUUGUAAAUGACAAAGAAUCUUAGGAAUUAAAAUUAUUUCAUAGUGUAA